AUUAAAGUCAGUACUAUAAGAGCCGAGUGUCUUCGUGGUUCGUGCGUAAUUUCAUUUUGUUCGAGGUGUUCGGCGAUAGCGGGCGACGAUAUCGAGGGCCGCCCCGUCGAUUCGACCGUUCGAAAAUCUCGUCGUUUUCCUUCGCCCGGCCGCAUCGUCCGAGCGCGCAACAAAAAUCCGUUCAAAUACCUGGCGUGAACAUGUGAAAUAUAACUGAGAGCCACUGACGAUGGUAACGGUAGCACGAUAAUUGGCUACUUAUAACGCGAGCCGGGAGGACCACAGAGCGGUGAAACACAGAUGACCGGCGGUGGGACCAGCAUGGCGUAUCACGGUCUCAGCCAGCAUCUGGAUUUCGAUGCGAUUCCAGAUCCGGACGAGCGAUUCGCCCUCCUGGAAUUGAUAGGGGAAGGUACGUACGGAGAAGUUUACUCGGCUCGAGACAAACAAACGGACACAUUGGUAGCGGUGAAGAUAUUGGAAAACGUUGCCGACAACAUCGAAGAAAUCGAAGAAGAGUAUCUCGUUCUGAGGGACCUCAGCUUGCACCCCAAUAUUCCUCUGUUUCAUGGAAUUUUUCUGAAAAAAGCUCCGGCUCAAGAGGAAGACCAGUUAUGGUUCGUAAUGGAGUUGUGCACCGGCGGAUCCGUAACGGAUCUGGUACAGGGUUUGAAGAAGCGUGGAAAACGUCUGAGCAACGAUCAAAUUGCCUACAUAAUAAAAGAGACCGUCGAGGCGCUGAUCUAUCUUCACAGCAACCACUGCAUGCACCGUGACGUGAAAGGGCACAAUAUCCUGCUCACCGAAGACGCUCGCGUCAAACUGGUGGACUUUGGCGUGUCGUCGCAUCUCGCAGCCACUAUGGCGAGACGGAACACCUCGGUGGGAACCCCGUAUUGGAUGGCGCCAGAGGUAAUAGCUUGCGAGCAGCAGUUGGAUUCGUCGUACGAUUCGCGCUGCGACAUUUGGUCAGUGGGGAUCACGGCUAUUGAGUUGGCCGACGGUGACCCUCCACUCUCCGAGCUCCAUCCCAUGAGAGCGCUCUUUCAAAUACCUCGGAACCCGCCUCCCGGUUUGAAGAAUCCGGACGCGUUCUGCUCCGACCUUUCAGACUUCAUCGCCGAGUGUCUGGUAAAGGAUCUCGAGCAUCGCCCCUUCGCCAGCGAACUGGCCGAGCAUCCGCUGUUGGUGAACGUCGCCGGAAUAAUCGACCAAGUACGCGAGGAACUGCGGGAAGAAAUUGCCAGGCAAAGAUCGGAUGGCCGCGUCCACAGGCAACCGGAAGUCACUACGAAACACGGAAAACUGAAGACCGACCGUAAAGCGAGACCGGAAAAGAUGUACGUCGACGAUCUCGCCGCCCUCGAUCUGCUCUCCGAGGACGGUAUAGUGGAACAACUGCAAAAUCGUUACGAACAGGCGCAGAUCUACACGUACAUCGGCGAUAUACUCGUCGCGGUGAACCCUUUCGCGAACCUCGGACUUUACACGGGAAUGGAGCAACGCCGGUACAAAGGACAAGCGAGGUCCGACAACCCACCCCAUAUUUUCGCCGUCGCCGACGCCGCUUACCAAGCUCUGCUGCAUCAGCGUCAGAACCAAGCGAUCGUCAUCAGCGGUGAAUCUGGUGCGGGAAAAACUGAGAGCGCCAAUCUACUGCUCAAACAAUUGGUUUAUUUGAGCAAAGCACCGAAUCGUAACUUGGAGGAGAGAAUCCUACAGAUCAAUCCAAUUAUGGAGGCAUUUGGCAACGCGACCACCGGGAUUAACGCGAAUUCUUCGAGAUUCGGAAAGUAUUUGGAUCUCACCAUGACCAAGGGUGGAAAAGUCACGGGGGCUAGGAUCGCCGUCUACUUACUGGAACAGUCGAGAGUCGUCGCUCAGGCUGAGGGUGAGAGAAACUUUCACGUAUUUUACUACAUGUACGACGGGCUGGAAGCCGACAGUCGUCUGAAGGAAUUUUACCUGGACUCUGGUCUUCGUAAACGUCACAAGUACCUCGCCGAUCACAGUCACACCUCGCAAACUCACAUCGAUAAGUUCCAACAGUUGAAAGGUGGCUUCAAGGUCCUCGGCUUCAGGGACGAGGAGGUUGACACCGUCUACGGCGUACUCGCUGCGAUCUUACAUCUGGGUGACAUCGAAUUCGCCGAAGUGGCCAGCGAAGAUAACACCGAUAACAAGAGCAGGGUCAUCGAUAUGGCACCGUUGCACAGAGUCUCCAGACUUCUCGGAGUCGAAGCCGGCGACCUUCUGGAAGCUCUGACAUCCAACUCCGUAGUGACGAGGGGCGAAACGAUAACCCGAAAUAACACCGUGUCGGAAGCUAGCGCGGCGCGUGACGCUAUGGCUAAGGGACUCUACGGUCGUCUUUUCGACUGGAUGGUCAACCAAAUAAAUUGUCUGCUAAGUUUCGAUCGCUCGAAUUACGAGCCGUUGGCCAUCGGCCUCCUCGAUAUAUUCGGUUUCGAAAAUUUUCCACGAAACUCUUUCGAACAACUGUGCAUAAAUGUUGCCAACGAACAGAUUCAGUACUACUUCAACCAGCACAUAUUUACCUGGGAGCAGCAGGAGUACAUGGCCGAGGGUAUUCCCGUUGAUCUGGUCGAAUUCUCGGACAACAGACCCGUCCUCGACAUGCUGCUCAGCAGACCCAUCGGUCUCCUUGCUCUUCUGGACGAGGAGAGUCGAUUCCCCAGAGCCACCGACAGGUCUUUAGUGGAGAAGUUCCACAGUAACGUAAAGUCCAAGUUUUACGUGCGGCCGAAGUCCGAUGCCAUUUGUUUCGCCGUUCACCACUUCGCCGGCCGUGUCGUUUACCAGGCCGACGGUUUCCUGGAGAAGAACAGGAACUUCUUGCCACCCGAGGUCAUCCAAUUGGUCCGUCAGUCGCAGUUCGACAUGGUGCGCUUCCUGUUCCAGUGCCCCAUUACCAGGACCGGAAACCUCUACUCCGCGGUUCACGAUACGGGAUCCAGAAAGAUGUCACACUCUCACCAGAGCACGAAGGAUCUUCCGGCGGUCCCACAAGCUCUAAAACUAUUCCAGGAGCGGUACACCAGUCGGGGUUUGGCGUCGCAGUCCAGGGCGCAGCAAACGGUCGCCACAUACUUCAGAUUCUCGCUGAUGGACCUUCUCCAGAAAAUGGUUUCCGGGUCACCUCAAUUCGUGCGCUGCAUAAAACCGAACGAUUCGAAGAGUCCGCGACUCUUCGAUUCCGAGAAGGUCAUCAAGCAGCUCAGAUACACGGGGGUUUUGGAAACAAUCAGGAUACGACAGAAUGGAUUUUCUCACAGGAUUCCGUUCAAUGACUUCCUGAAACGUUACUGUUUCCUGGCCUUUGGCUACGACGAGCGAGUAGUAGCGAACCGCGACAACUGUCGUCUUCUUCUGGUACGUUUGAAGAUGGACGGUUGGGCGCUUGGGAAGACCAAGGUCUUUUUGAAGUACUAUCACGUCGAGUUCCUUUCCAAGAUGUACGAGGAACAGCUGAAGAAGAUAAUAAUGGUCCAGGCCUGCGUUCGACGGUGGCUAGCGAAAAUACGCUACAGAAAACAGAAGUGGCAAUUCGCGGUAUCCAUCGUAACGCUGCAGAGACACAUCAGAGGAUGGCUCGCCAGAAAGCACCUGGAAGAACAAGCCGAAAAAUUGAGGGCUGAGGAGGAGGCGCUCGCACUCGAAAAAGCUCGAGAGAACGAACAAAAGGCGGGAAUGAAUUGGUUCAAGGCUAAACUACUCCGCAGCAUGACGCAGGAACAGAUAGAUGUGACGACGGUGAACGAGUUGGACAAGGGGAAGGAAAAUUUGGACCAGGACACGGCGGCAGUAAUUAUUCAAAGUCACUUCAGAGGAUUCACCAUCCGACGACGAUUCGGGUACGAACUCGAAGAAAGAUUCAAAUCGAUUUUGAACAACUACGACAACAAGCAAGACGGACAUCAGGCUCUGCUCAGAGAAGGCUUGAGGAACCAAGAUGCCGCGUUCAUCGUUCAAAGAUGGUUCAGAAAGGAGGAAAUCGUUAAGAAAAAGAAACCCGUUCAAGCACCACGAGACCCCGUUCAUUCUAAACUGAGACAAGCCGAUCUCAUUGCGUUUUCGCAGAACGUGCAUAUGAAAAAUCAAGAUGUGCACAAGAACUUACGUAGGAACAAGCCGGGCAUCCGAUUGAACGACGUAGAAGAACCUCCGCCGGAUUACACGCGUCCCGAGGGCUUCGACAUGGUCCGUAAGGUGUUGGAAUACCGUAACGGAACUCCGUCGGACGCCGAAGCGACGGCGAAGUACUACAAGGAUCUGAAGGAGGAAAUGAGCAGUACAAAGACUAACGGAUUAUAUAACCACAACCUGCGGCCCUCUCCGAUCAACUGGAACCCGCAGCAAAAGCAUGUCAGCAAUUUACCCAACGUCCCUCCACGUCUCAACGAUUCAGUUGGCUUACGGUAUAACAGCGGAGUCCCGGGCGGCAGUCACUUCGUCAACCAGCGUCAUCUGGAAGCAAUGAGUCUCGCGGCGCGGAUGAAUAACCCGAGUCAGGUGAACGCACCGAGGAUAAACGGAGCCCGCAACGGUAUCGGAAACGGUCAGAAGAGCAGGCAGAUCACGGGGCAGCACGUAAUCGUCCAGGGGAACGGGUUGCACCGCGAACAAAAAUCGGCGGUUCCGGUGCCGCGAGGAAAAAUCCCGUACGAUUCGUCGCCGGAAAUGCGGGGCCUACUGAGGCCGACGAACGUGCAGGUGCGCGUGGCUGCGACGAAGAACGAUUACCACGCGGAAGAUACGAGCGGACCCUACAAUUUCCGCCAGUUACUGAGACCCGCCGAAUAUCUGCCGACCGAAUCCCUGAGAAAACGUAAAGGCGGCUUAUCGUCCGUAAACCCACUUUACAUUCACCAACAACCCGCUCUGGCUGAAAAGAACGUUAAAAGAAGAGCGCCCCUCGCUCCGAACAUGAACCAACGGAGCGCUAACGUCAAGUGAAUGUGGUACGGAGAUGUUCCGAUUGGAAUCGGAUGAUUUUAGGCCGUUGAAAUUUUCAAGUUUUCAGGAAUUUCGGGACACCGGUGUCUCGGUUUCAGCCCUGUUUUCCCGUUCGAACCCACUGUAGGAUUUUAAAGGUCGUUUUCUCUUUCCCGUAUAAUUUUUCAACCAUCUUUGGUUCUCAGGUGCCUCGCUCGAUUACACUUGAAAAGAAUUAUUUAAUCAAUCAGCGAACCAGAGAGCCGAUGAGGUCUCAGAUCAAGAUAAAUGACGGGGAAGAGGGAUAUUCACUUUAUAAUUCCGAACCUCUCAAUUAGCCGGAGAUAAAAAAUUAUGAAUUCAUUUACGGAAUAUACAAGCGUUAUUUAGAACUAGUCAUUUUUCCAGCUUUAUUUAAGAUAUAACGUUAUAGCCAGAUUGACACUAUAUAUAUAUAUAUAUAUAAUAUUCGAAUAGAUUUUUAAGUUAUUCAGUUGUUAGAUUAAUUACUACUAAUUCAUUAUCGUUGUUGUUGUUGCUAUGUUGUUGUUAUAAUUGUAUGUACGAAAAAGUGACCAUUUUCUUCAUUCCGCAACGUUGAUGUAUACCUUUAUAAUUUAGCCGCGGUCCCGUUACCCGGAUGUUGUACCAAAAAAAAAAAAAACAAAAAAAAAAAAAAAGAAUUACUCGUUGCAUUUAAAGUAUAGAAAUCAUGCGUGACAUGGACCAGAGGCGCUCGAUUAAGAUAAUAGCACGAUGCCAGCUCUGCUCUCGGAGCAUCGUUGCAAGAAUUAAUAUCGCUAUUAUGAUUAGCACUGCUAUCGUUAGUGUUGUACGGCAAUUCAUAGAUUACGAUUGUUACGAUGUCAUUUCAAAGAAAUUUCGACCUCGACCGAGCGUCCAACGUAAGAAUUCUCAGAGGUCGCGAUUCAGGGGUAGACACGAUCGGCACAGUUUCUUUCUUUCUCCCUCAAUCCUAUCUCUGAAAUUGUACGACGUGAUACCAAAUAAACAUUAAAAUGAUGA